UCUUAGUAGUAGAUUAUAUUCAAUCUAACCGUCCAAAACAUUCUACAGUAAUGGCAAAAUUAUAAUUUCGUCUGCUGAUAUAUCCCCUUCUCUUUUUUCACUUUCACUGAUUUUUUUCUCUCUUUAAAAUUAGGUUUAUCUCUCUCUAAGUUCCAUCCACUCUCUACAAACCAUAGUUCAUGCUAAUUCGUGAAUCAAAAAAUGGAUUUGAAUCAAAUACUACCAACAUCUCCUGUUAUUACUUAUGAAAGAAGAUCAAUCGAUUCACAAUGUAUGGAUAAAUCUCCAAUACAAGUCAUUUGUCCAUCAAAUCAGUAAGUAGCAAUUUUAUUAUGGUUUAAUCAUUUGAUUUUUGUUUAAUUUUUAAAUUAUCAUGUUUGAACACGAAAAUUUGGGCUCAGAUUUGCUCGAAUUUGGGAGUGUUUGGCUCGAAUUUCCUGAGCAUAUACAUUGUUAGUUAAAUUCCAUGGGUUUUGGUGUCAAAUUUGUUAGGUUUUGGGGUCGUUUUUAGAAAUCAUCUAAGAAUGCUUAUAAACUGUUCGAUAAAAUGCCAAGCUGAAAUUUAACUGCAUGUUGCGUUUACUGAUUAUGGAAGUCAAUAUUGCAUAUAGGCAGCAAGUUUUUAAUUAUUGCAGUAGAUCCCCUAAAAAAACAGUAAAAAAGUUUAGUGCAUGAGAUAAGCUGAAGAACAAGAGGCAACAUCAACCUCGGCAGGGCAGCAGCAGCUGCUGCCUUGUUUGCAGUAGCGUCGGCAGGGCAGCAGCAGCUGCAGCCUUGCCAGCAGUAGCCUCGGCAGCCAGCAGCAGCUACCGCCUUGCCUGAAGAAGCCUCGGCUGGCAUGAUGGUGAUGAAGCACUUGUCAAAAAGAAAAAAAGGUGAUGGUGAUGAAGCUGUAAAAAGUGAUGUUCAGUGGUCUAGAAGUCCAAUUGUGGAGUCAUCCUUACUAAAAGCUAUAAACAAUGAUCACAUUCAAAGUGAUAAUUUUAAUAAUCUUGUUGGUGAUGAUGCUGCUACAACCUCUAAUCAGUUUGCUACAACAUCUUCUCGAAAUGCAAACAAGAGUACCAAAGUAGUUAAUAAAGAAGGUGAUCCAAUUGAGGGGAAACUUAAAGUUAGAGCUAAAGAUGUUCCAAAAAACAAAGCAAUGAAGAAAGAACCAAAAAAGGAAGACAAAGGGAAAAAAGGAGAAGAAAGGUUGAUGAGAGUGAUUCUGAUGAUGAUAUUGAAGUUGUUCAUGUAGUCAAAUGGAAUGUAGAGCAUUAAAUCAACGAAUUACUCCCAAGAAUUUUAUGAACACCGUGCUUAAAGAUUUGCCAAAAUCUCAUAAGGCGGCUAUAAGAAAAAUUGGAUUUGGAGGUUUCUUAGAUUUGGAUUUAGAUGCACAUAAAUCUGUGUUUUGCUCUAAGCUUGUGUCGAGUUUUGAUUGUGAUAGGGUGUCUUUAGUUCUUGAGAGGAACCAAGAGAUUGAACUUACACCCGUAGACAUACAUUUGGUUUAUGGAUUGCCGAUGGGAGGAGAAAUUAUUAAAGAGCCUCGACAAGAGGAGGAUGAAGAACGGGUUGAGUUUAUUAGACAAUGGAGAUCUUUUUUUGGGAUAAGUGGUGGAAGUCCAUCAAAUUUUGUGAUCAUUAAUCGGAUAGAAGAGUUAAAGACGGAACCUGUUUGUGAUGAAUUCAUUUGGCAUUUUGUAGUUUCUGUUGUCAGUUGUAUGAGAUCCACUGCCAACCCAUCGGUAAAUUACAAGUUCUUGUAUAGUUGCAUGGAUACAAAGAAGAUCGAAUGUUUGGAUUGGUGUGAAUACGUGUAUAGGAGUUUAAAAUCGUCUGUAUCGGAAUGGCAAGGUGGUUCAGCUUACUUCACUGGUCCAUUGCCUUUCUUAAUGAUAUUUUUUUUUUUUAAUAUAUUUCACAUUUUUAUAAUA